CUUUAAUGCUUCGGCAGUAACCAGGAUCGUUUGUCGUGGUGACGAGUAUCUCAUACGCAAAAUUCUCAUUUCAGUUGACGGGAUCAGGUAUUCUGAAUUUAUAGACAAGAUAAUCAGAACAUGACGGAAAUGAAGAGUCACAGACCACGAUGUUUCUUUGACAUCGAGAUUGGCGGUAUUUCUGCCGGCCGGAUUAUCAUGGAACUAUUUAAUGACAUCGCCCCAAUCACAUGUGAAAAUUUUAGAUCCCUUUGCACUGGGGAAAAGGGUAUAGGGAAGACAACAGGGAAACCUCUACAUUACAAGGGGAUCAUAUUUCAUCGAGUAGUCAAAGAUUUUAUGAUCCAGUCAGGAGAUUUUUCAAAUGGAAAUGGAACUGGAGGAGAAUCCAUUUUUGGAGGAACUUUUGAAGAUGAGGCCUUCACAAAGAAACAUGAGCAGCCAUUCCUGUUGUCAAUGGCAAAUAGAGGGAAGGAUACAAAUGGCUCCCAGUUUUUCAUAACUACUCAGCCCUCACCUCAUUUGGACAAUAUUCACGUCGUGUUUGGUCAUGUAAUCUCUGGCCAGGCGGUUGUGAAGCAAAUUGAAGGUCUCCCUGUGGACAGAAGGAGUCGGCCUCUGCAAGAUGCCAAAGUCGUUAAUUGUGGAGAACUUGUCCCCAAAGCUAAAUUAAAAGAAGAUAAAAAGAAGCGCAAGGUUUCGAUUUCCAGCGAAAGCAGCAGCAGCAGCAGUAGCAGUGAAUCUGAUAGCUCCAUAGAAGAAGGUGAGGUGAAAAAAGACAAAAAAACGAAGAAAAAUAAAAAUAAAACAUCGAAAAAGGAUAAGAAGAAAACCAGAUCGACCAGCGGGGAUGGAGAGAAAUCCGAUAUAGAAGCUGAAGGGUUUCCUCAUCCACUAGUGACACUUUCAAAAAUCAACCCUGAAGAAAUCCCCGAGAUUCCGUCAAAUCGAUAUUUGUAUCGUGGUGAUAAAAAGAACGAUGAUGCAGAUUCGAAGACAAAGGGCAAUAAUGAUAAAGAUGACCGAGCAAAAGAGAAACGACGUGCUCAAAUUCGUGGGCGAACCAAAAGUGGUAGAAAAGUUAAAGGGCGAGGAUUGUUGCGCUAUCGAACACCCUCCCGCAGUCCAUCCAGGAGCCCAACACCUCCUCAUUGGCGCUACGAGCAAAGGAAAACCAUAUCCAUGAAGGAAUUUGAGCACCGUGAAAAAGAACGGAAGAAACGCGAUGAUGAACUGAAAAAGCGCGAGGAAGAACGGAAGAAACGCCAUGCUGAAAGAGAGCAAGCAGAAAGACAAAAGAUUCUCCAGAAAGAGUUGGAAGAAAUGGAGCAGCAGUUAAAUAUGAAAACGCCUUUGGAAAACAAGGAAAGCAAUAGCGGCAUAUCUCAUUCAAAAAAUGAAGAGAACAAAACCGAAGAAAACUCCUCCAUCGCCAAACCUGAUAAAGAUGGUACUGGAGCUGUUGAUUUUGAUUUGGCGUUGGAUUACGAAGAAAUGGAUGCACCACAUUCUGAAAAUGAAGGAGAAAUUAAAGAAGAUGUAGCGAAUGCUAAAAGUGAACAACCUCCGCAAGCCAAGCCCAAAGAUAACGGUGCCGAAUCGUCUGAUGAGAGUUCAGGUGAAGGGCUAGGAUCAGACACAUUGGAAAAGUUGCGUGGGAGGAGUCGCUCGGAGUUGCCCAGUCCUGAAAGUGAGGACAUAUCGCGGAGGCGAGACUCUCGAAAAGGACAGCAGUUGCCCGUCACAGGUCUGAGUAGUUUAGCUAAGACAUACGCUGAUGAAGAAGCCGUAGGAGCAGUAGAAAACAGUAGACAGCCAGCCAGUCAGACCACUAAGGUUGAAGAGAAAAUUGCAGCGGAGAUUGUUUUGGCACCUCAGACGAAAGACAAUAGUCAUCACGCCAAGGGGGGCGUGGCCAAGGAAGCGGUAGAAAAGGAGAAAGACGGCGGCAACCAUUCCAGCAAGGAUAAACAGACGGAACGCCGUAGGAGUCGUUCUCGUGAUAGGCGUGAUUCACGCGAACGCGACAGGCAUCAUCGUGAUUCAGAUAGACGUCGGAACGACAGACGCAGAUCGAGAUCACGCGAAAGAUCCCGUAGAGAUCAUAACAGGAGAAGUCGUUCACGGUCCCAUGAGCGGUCGAGAAGACGCUAAUACCGAUGGAUAUGAUAAAUUUUACCGUCGCAAACUUUGAAGUCACUUGACCCUGAAGUGAAAUAAUACACUGAUGAACAAGGA